AUGCAUUCUCCAUCCGUGGCCUCUAAGCCUAAACGCAUUGUGGUCGGAAUCACCGGCGCAACGGGCACAGUCUUCGCCAUCCGUCUCCUCGAACAACUCAAGCAACUAGGAGUCGAGACGCACCUCAUCCUGAGCAAGUGGGCAUCCGUCACAAUGAAGUACGAAACCGAGGUCCCCGACGCGCAUCUCCGCUCCCUCGCGACCUACAACUACUCCGCCCGGGAUCUGGCCGCCCCGAUCUCCAGCGGUUCCUUUCUGCACGAUGGCAUGAUCGUUGUACCCUGCAGUGUGAAGACCUUAGCAGCCGUGCGGAUGGGCUAUUGCGAGGAUCUGAUCGCUCGCGCCGCGGACGUCAGUUUAAAGGAAGGCCGGAAACUGAUGCUGGUGGUACGCGAAACCCCGUUGAGCGAGAUCCACCUAGAAAACAUGCUGGCCUUACGACGAGCGGGCGCCGUGAUCUUCCCUCCCGUGCCUGCCUUUUAUACGAAGCCCCAGGGGUUGGAUGAUCUUGUGGAUCAGAGUGUGAUGAGAAUGUUGGACAAUUUCGGGAUCACGCUGGAGACAUCUCCACGGUGGAAUGGGUUGCGGAGAGACUCAUGA